AUUAUAUUUAUUAUUUACAUUAUGUCACACUCAAACAUCAUACUUUCAUUUGAAACUACAGACACGGAUCAGAAACCUUGAUUGGCUACUGUAUUCCUCCGAGGAAAAGAUACAGUCGAUCAAUUGCAAUAUAUUUCGGUAAACGUGUCUUUCACUAAAUCUCGCUGCAACCCAAAUCAACACAUCUGAAUCAAAAGCAUGACUAGCCAAAACAAUCCAUCACUUAAUUCUUUACAUUUUUUCUCAACUCUGAAAUGACACAUGCACCAAACCUCUUUAAGUAAACCAAGAGUCUCUUCAACUCUUCAAAAUCUACUAGACCCAUUUGAAAAUGAGUUGGAGGGUAUGUGAAAACGAUGAGUAUGAGCAAGGAGAGUGGGAGAAGCUUCCAGAAGAGUUGUUGGUGAUGGUGGUGGAGAAGAUUCCGGUGGAUGAGAUGAUGAGGGUGGUGCCUCUGGUGUGCAAGGCCUGGUGGGCUGUGCUUUCCGGGCCUCACUGCUGGAAAAACAUCGAUCUUUUGGACUGGAGUGUAACAAAGAAGAGGUCUAAACAAGUGGAUGUGGCUGUGAAGAAGCUGGUGCGGUAUAGCAAGUCCAGUUUUCAGAUGCUUUCAACGUUUCGACUCGGUAGUGCUGGCUUUGCUUUUGCUGCUAAUCGUGCCAAAUGUCUCAAGAUCCUAAUUAUGCGUGGAAGUAAUGUAACUGACCAGAUGGUGAUAAGGCAUGCAGUGUCGCUUAGCAAUCUAACACACCUGGAUGUUAGCUUUUGCUUGAACAUCUCAAGCAAAGGGCUGGAAGCUUUUGGAAAGCAUUGCAAAUCUUUGAUUCAGUUGAAAAGAGACAUGGCACCACCAUCUCUUGGAAUGUCGAUUCAAGAGGAAGCUUCAAUGGUAGAUGAAUCCGAAGCAAUGGUGAUAGCCAAUACAAUGUCAAAGCUGGAACAUCUAGAAAUUACUUAUGGUCGCUUUACUAAUCGUGGCAUCAACUCUGUACUUGAUAAAUGUAAGGCACUUUCUCAUCUCGACAUCUAUGGUUGCUGGGGUGUGUGGCCUGAUGAAGCUCUUGAAAAGAAAUGUGAAGAGUUAGCUUUCUUUUUGAGCUCCUGGGGCGACGAUGACAUUGAAAGCCAGUAAUCUUCUGACAGUGAUGAAUCCGAAAAUUUAUAGACUUCAGAGUGGUGGUCUACUUGCUGUUGGAUAUUCCGCAUCAUGAUAUUUUGAACUUUUAUUCUUUUGCUGCAUUCUUGAAAAUCAAUGGAAAAUGAAGCUAUAUAUGGUUGCCAAUUUCAUUAGACUUGAACUAGGGCUGCUUGCUGCAGGGUAUUCUGAAUCAUCAUCUGUCAAAAUAUAUUCAUACAUUUGCUGAAUUUUUUGACCCUAUAGAUGCUCAGUGUAUUUAUGGCUUGCCACAAACCAUAUUCUCAAUA